AUUCAUUGCGAGACGUUCCAACUGUUCAUUCAGAUUCUUCCUGUUGUUACAUGCUUUAAAUGUUCGCUCUGCCCAAUAUCAUUGAUAAAUGGUUCCAGAUACCGAGUUGAGAGUGGAACCACCAACCUUUUGGCGACUUGGGCUACUUGCUACAGUGAUGUGUAGACCAGGUACUUUAUAGGCACUAGUCUACAUAUCACGUCCGAGCUCGAUGAGCCCUCCAAAUAUGGGCCUGUCUUCAAUUCUACCUCUCGGACGAUGUCAAGCUCCCCCUAGACCGUACGGACAGCUAGUGAGGAUGGAUGCAUGACAACGUUCUCUAGAAAGAUUGUAUUCUACCUCAUUGACACGAACACCGAGAUCGUCCUAUCUUUUCCAACCGAAAGUCUCAGUGUCAAGCGCCCUUGUGAAAUGUUGUUAGCCGCAACAAGCGAAGAAGCGCCAACCAAUGUUAAUGUAUCCCUUCCUAUUUUUCCUUCAUACCGCUCGCUGUGACCUGAAUGCUCAUUCUGCCAUUCCUUGCGCUCCCUUGAUCAAGGCCUCAAACUCAACCAAACCCAAGAUCUGCACGAUAUCAACCACACAUGUUUCUCGAUCUUCCUGUCUUUCAUGACGUCUAUGAAGAAGAUUCAUGGCCAAACCCCGUCAAGAAAUUGGCCUCGCAACUUCGUAAACCUCUCCCUGGAUAUGCUAGCUCUGCGUCUCAUCUUCAAUUUUCGGACGUUGUUGCGAGCAUUCCUCAUGAACUUGAGACCAACACAGGAACGCCUGAGCUGGAGGCAUUCUCGGAUCCAACUGCCACAACCUUGAACGACGUCCUCACUUUCGUACUUUCAAUCGUUGCUUGUGUACGACAUGCGACUACUGAUUCAGAUGCAACCGGCGUACCAAGACAUAUCACUCCACUUAUAUAUACUCUCUUCCUAGCACUGAGUCAUUUUAACAGAGAUGCAUGCCGACUGAGCCAAGUACCCUUCAUCCUACCUCGCAUCAAAGGCGUUGCGGUAAUCCAUGAAGAUGCAACUGAGGACACGUUGAAAGUGGAAGGAAUUGCAACUCUUUUAUCGUCCUGCCUCGUUGUUCCUCAAUGUGAACAGCACGACGAUGCCGAAACGGCCCAGGAAUCAGAUUGUCCUGCCACUCACCAAAUUCUACCUGUGAAUGAAGGGUCUAUUGCUGCACAGGCAGCACUGGAUCUGCCUCUAGAUGACGAAAACAGUGAAGACGACGAAGACAGUGGAUAUAAGGAAAUCGUUGAAAAUCAUGCUGAAAUGUCUCAACGAGUCACUGUCCCUGUUCUGGAUAUACCAUUCGAUGCACACAUCCUCCCUGGGCGUGGUCUGCGGUCCUGCGCGGUGCUUCCCAUCCUUGCCGUUGCAGAUUCUGAGAACAUCGAACCGCUUUUGUGCAGCAUCCUAUAUCAACGAUUCGUUUGGGCUAUUGACGAGCCUGUAGUUGGCUUCGCUAUAUCCGAAUUUGACCCGAAUUUGCAAUUAUUCCUCGGAUGGAUAGACAUCCAGAAUGGCAAUCCCCGUGUACACCUCUGUCGGCCGGUUACACAUGUGGCGUCUAACCCUGGUGUCGGCUUGUUCGAUAUGACAGACUCUUAUUCAGCAUGUGUUCUUGCACAGUUUCUUCUGGGUCUACAGUCACAAUAUGAUAGAGUCAAGGAGUCCGCUUGUCAGUUUCACCUUCGUCCUUUUUGCUGGCGCUCCGAUCAUAGGAAUGAUGACCAUGAAUUACUGAACGGUUCUGGGAAUGAUCAAAGCUCUCGAGUCUUGCAGUGGAUCAAAUCGCUUCCACAAAGUUCGAAGGGCAACAUUAUUCAUGGUAGACAUACAAUCAUCCCCACUGAUAACAAAUUGGAAGCAAGUCAAGAUUUUCUUGCCAAAGAAGAUAUUGUCUCAUCCGAUGAAAUAGACAAUGACACUUAUAGUACAUUCUACGAAGAAAGUAGUGAGGCCUUAUCUCAAUAUCGUGAAGACGUCGACAGCAAGACAUCAUAUAUCGUCGCUUCUAGCACCUCGUUCAUCAUCAGAAGGCGACCCCGGCUGAGACGCGAUGAUGAGUUUUUGUUCUCUGCAUGGCAUACGGAGAGAAAUGUGGCGAUGAUUGGUCAGAUGUAUCAAGACGAUGAACAGCCUGACUGCCACGAAAUCAACGAGAUGGUUGAUCUGUAUCGAUCUACACUUCAAUUCGCAUGGCCGAAGGAAUGGGAUAUCCUGGUGUGUGAUGAUCCGCCGUCCCUUAUGAUUCAACUAUACAAGCAUACGCACCAGCCCCCACAGUCCCUGCAGGAAUUUGUAUCUAUCCUAGCUAAUAGCAAGAGUGAACUGGUAACGAGGCAUGAACCUGUGAUAGAUCUUCAACCAGAUCUCGUACCUCUUUUGCACGCGCGAAUGCGCACCACAUUGCCUUUUUUCCUGGCCUGCUCAACGACAACUAUUGAGGAAGAACUUCGUGGGCAAUACAAGUGCAAGAACCUGUGCUCGCCGCUCUGGGUGGCUCUUAUUCAACUUUUCUAUGUGCGAGAAGACGCUCCCGACGCCUGCAAUCUCAUCAUAUCUCAGCCAGUCAUCAACAUGAGUCGCAACAAGGCCGUUGACAUGCUUCUACACAAUGACGAGAUUCUUGUUCGGACAUUCCUACAGGACCUCACUGCAGAAUGCAUCAGGCGUUACGGUCAAAUUGACCUGCCUGAACAUCUGGAAAUGGAAGGCGUUAGCGCUGCUAUGAAGGCAGUGGUUGCAUCACAACGCGUCCAUGAUGUACUGUCGAAGGGGGACCAAUUCAAGAGCUGCAUCUUCACCCGAGCUCUGAGAGAGCCAACGAACCUCAAUUGCGACACCGUGUUGACGGUUUCUGCCGAUGUUCAUUAUCUCUUUCAUCUAGGGACACAUGAAAUCAACAAAGCUAUUCCCGAAAAUCAACAAUCGAUGAGUGGGAGACUCAGUGACCCAUUUGCCAUAGUUCCAAACACUCAUUCCCAUCCUUCUAUGGCUGGCGGAGGGAAGCAGCAGUUUACCGACACAAGAGAUGUGACGUUGGAUGCACGAAAUCCUGUUGUAUGGCCCAAGAUUAUUGUCAAGAAUCACGAGAAUUCCUGGGAUGCAUACACGCAGACAGUGAUGUGUUGCGUAUCCGCAGUCCAGUAUUUGUCAGCGGUUGGAAUCAAGGGAUAUCCAGUAUUCGGCAUCUACACCAGUGGCACGACUGGGGGCGUUAUCCAAGCGUGGCAGUCUGCUUCCUCUCAGAGAACAUACGUGUUUGAGCACUUUCUCAAGGUCUUUGACGUUUCGCGUCCAAUAUAUGCAUUUUGGUUUGCAACAUCUCUCCUUCGUUUGCGUGCAAGUGAACGAGCGCUGUUGAAGACAAACAAUCGCAUCCAAGACAACAUGCUCUCUACAGAGGACUUGCAGAGUAUUGAAUGGAGUCAAAAAGCUCAGAGUACGAAGCUUCGCAUUGUAGACUGAUUUUUGUGUGAAGUAAUGUUACUGCUUAGUACUGACGAUUUCCUUAAUUGUUUUGCAUCAGGCUACAGCCCUGUCACGGCUGGAUACGCAACUUACAAAAUCCACCUAGAUAUACAUAGUAGAGUUUUCUUUGAUAACUCAGUUGCAGUUUAGUUUCGAGUCGAUAUACGGAUCCUUGUUAGCUAUGAUAAGGGUAUAUAUAGAGAUCAUUCAUAACGUGUAUCCAUGACUCUAUCUCCUGCGAACCUCAUCAUAUGUUGGUAAUUCGUCUCCUCCAAUUCCGGAUCCACCAGAAAGACGUCCCACAUGUCCUUCGACUCUCCAACUCCACUCAUUCCCUUCCUUCCACCUAAACAGUUCUCCGCCAAAAUUGACAUCAAAUUUGCAGUUGCCUUCUACACCGAUGGCUGCAUAGACAUCGUAAGAGAAUAUGCAACUUCGCGCGAAAUCGUAACCACAUCCGAUUGUAUCACCCGGUGAGAUAUGGU